CUUAAAGUAAUUAAAUUAUUUUUGCAGUUCUUGGGUAUAGGCUUUUGUUUUGCCCAUUUCUUUUUGUCUAUUAGCCUAUAGACGUUUAAGUAACAGUUCUCGGACUGUUGCGCGUACAAGUACGUGCGGCUUGCCCACAAACGUGUGAAGGGCUCCUCAUUUUUCUCCCCUUAAUUAACUAUCCAGUUUGAUGGAUUUUUGAGGAAAACCUAGCGUAGCUCUGUUGUAUCCACAACUAGAGGGCGAAAACGCUUUUAUCACGUAAUUUUGGCUUCUGCACAUAUUUAUUAAACAUAUUUUUUUUAUUUUUAAUAUAUAUUUUAAAGUAAGUCAAAAUUUGAUAUUUACUAUCGAACCCUGCAACCUUAAUUUUAAAAAAGGCUUCGGGUUUUAGGUUUGGGUUCAGUAAAAUAUUGAUAAUUCGAAGGGUUCUGGUUCAGCCCUGCUUUUAACUAAAAGCCAUUUGUUAAAACAUAUGGUAAAGAAAAUUUACGAAAUGGGGAACAUGGAAAAUGAAAAAGGUAUUUCACAACUAUCAUUACAUACUCUAGAAAAUUUGACUAGAACAUCUCCUAUACAAAUUGAUCCAGUUCCUGGAUUGUCUGAUUUUUUGAAUCUACAAGAAUCCGACGACAAAAGUGCAAAUGAUAUUCCAAAUCUAUUAAAAGAAAUGGACAUGGAUGAUUUUAAAAUGAUACAAGAAUUAGGAAAUAUGUCGCAAAAUGAUCUCAAUAAAAAAAUCAAAGAAAUUCAACAUAUCACAUUUAAAUUAGGCCUCGAGGAAUCUAAAGAAAUAUCAAGAGGCAUAUUGUUGACAAUUUUAGACAAGAAAUGACAUGGUAUUUUCCUGGGAAGAAUCUUCGCACUCGAACAAAAUAUAUUUUUUUAAAAAGAACAUUUUAUUAAUAACUAAUAUAUAUAUUUUAUAAUGUACAUUUUUUUCCCUCCCAUUAAUAUUUUAUAAAUAUGUAUAAUAUAAUAAAUGAAACAAUUCAAAAACAAAUGUGUAUUAAGCCACUGUAUAAACUACAUUAUAAUAUAGAAUAUAUAUAAAUAUGAAGAAUGAUAUCUUUGUUGUGGUUAAUGCUUAUAUUAAAAUUCAGGGUUUUAUAAUGUUAUAAAUAAAUAGUACUAGUUUAUCACAAUUCAUAAUCUCUUAGAUAAUAUAUAAAUAUAAUGAUGUAAAUAUCUUAAUUUGGAACUAUUAUUAAAUCUUUCAACUUUUCAUCCAAAUCUUAU